AUGCAGCCGCGCGUCCCCACCAUGCACGGCUCCAGGCUGCUGAGCGCGCUCCUGUGCGCCCUGCUGCUCGUGUCCGGCUCCGCUGGCUCCGCUGGCUCCGCAGAGAUGGAGAGCUCCGAGGAGCUGAGCCGCAGAGCUCUGCGGGACUUCUACCCCAAAGGUCCGAACCUGACCAGCGAGAAGCAGCUGCUCGGAGCUCUGCAUGAAGUUCUGGAGAAGCUUCAGGCAAAACGUCUUCCUCUGUGGGAGAAGAAGUUUGGUCAAGUCCCCACGUGUGAUGUGGGGGAGCAGUGUGCCGUGAGGAAAGGAGCUCGGAUCGGGAAGAUGUGCGACUGUCCCCGAGGAGCGUUCUGUAACUUCUUCCUGCUGAAGUGCUUAUGA